AUGGGGCUCGUGUUUGAGCGCCUGCCGCCCGUGGAGCAGUGCACCACGAUCGCGCGGCUCGCGCACCGCUGGAGGGCAUGGGCGGAGCCAAGACGCGCCGCCGCGCGGGCGCGGGCCCUGCCUGUGUCGCGAUUCGUCGCCGGGCUCGCCGCGACCAGCGCAGCCGUGGGCCCCAUGCCGCCCGCGUGGAGCGUUCGCGAGGCGUGGCCGCGGCUCACCCCCAGCCAGCGGACGAUCGCGGCGCUGCGCGCGGCGGCCGCCGGCGACUUGGCAGAGCUGCGUUGGAUGCUGGGGCCGGGCCGCUGCCCGAGAAGUGCGAGCAUUUGCGAGGCGGCUGCGAUUGGGGGGCACCUGGACGCCUUGGUUUAUGCCCGCGAGGCCGGCUGCCCCUGGGAUGUAGCGACGUGCCGGCAGGCCGCGGAGAACGGCCACCUCAACGUGCUCCGCUACGCGCACCAAGCUGGCUGCCGCUGGGACGCGUUGGUGUGCCAGUUGGCGGCGACACACGGCCAUGUCGACGUCCUUCGCUACGCGCACGAGCACGGCUGCCCAUGGAACGUGUCCACGUGCGACGGCGCGGCCCGCAAUGGCCAUGUGGCGGCGUUGGGAUACGCUCACGAGCACGGCUGCCCCUGGGACCACCGGACGUGCAUGGCCGCGGCGGAGGGCGGACACCUGGCAGCCCUGCGGUACGCCCGAGAGGCUGGCUGCCCCUGGAAGGGGUACACAUGCUGGCUGGCCGCCGAGAACGGCCACCUGGACGUGCUGCGCUAUGCGCACGAGCACGGCUGCCCCUGGGACGAGAAGACGUGCGCCGCGGCGGCGGGGGGCGGGCACCUGCGCGUGCUGCGCUACGCGCGCGGCGCGGGCUGCCCCUGGGACGCGGCCGCGUGCCGCCGGCUCGCGCAGUUUGGGGGUUUCAUUGAUAUCGUCGAGUGGAUUGAUGGGCAGGAGGGCGGCCUGAAGCAGGAGGAGGUGCCUUGA